AUGACUGCAUCAGCCUUCUUCCAACACCGAAUCGAAAGGCAGCUUGCUCGUGUUCGCGAUGGACAACUUCCCGGGAUCAUUGAAAAGGAUUGCUUUGAUCAGCUGGAGCUACUUCACAAGGUGCUUGGUCAAGACGUCGACAAUACGCUGUUUGCUCUCGAUCACGGAAACUUGAAGCCAAAUCACAUCAUCUUUGACGAGAACAAUAAUAUCAAAUGCAUUGUUGGUUGGGGAAACGCAGCAACUGCGCCCGUCGCUUCUGCAGCCCGUCUCCCUGGCAUGCUAUGGUCCAAGGAAUCUGCCCAUGAUAUCCCCAGUCAAGAAACGCUACAGGAUAGGAGAGACUAUGUUGAAUCUUACGCAUCCCAGGAUGCAGAGGCUGCAAACCUCAUGAGAAAAUGGCAAAACGGCAAAAAUGUCGACUUUCGUACCCCCUACUUCGAGUCUAUUGCCAGCAAGGGCAUGCUCAAGUCGAUGGCGAGCGUGGGAUGGGCACUGUCGUAUGACGUUCUAACUCAAUGA